AUGUCUACUCCCACUCAAACAGCCGUCGUCAUCGAGACUCCCAAAGCACCGUUCAUCGUGAAGAGCGGCAUCGCCAUCCCUAAGCCCGCGGCCGGCCAGGUUCUGCUCCAAGUCAUGGCGGUUGGACUUAAUCCAAUGGACCCCAUGCGUCGCUCAAUGGAUAUGCUCAUCGACUCCUAUCCUGCCAUACUUGGUAGCGACAUUGCGGGCGUCAUUGAAGAGGUCGGCCAAGGUGUGCAAGGCUGGAAGAAGGGCGAUGAAGUAUUUUGCUCCGACACGGCUGGUCUCGUCGACGAUCUCUCAUCAUUUUCUUUCAGAAACCUGCAAAUGUCAGUUUCGACCAGCUCGCCACUUAUCACUGGCUGUACUUCUCUCAACGGCCUGUAUACGCCAUCACCUAUCGGGUUGGGCUUCAACCCGAUAUUCUCUUCCGACAAACCCCAGAGCGGCAAUACGGUGGUGAAAGAGGACACUGUUCUUUUGAACUCGACCAUCAAGACUUUACGCACUCAUUGCUUCGAGAGAGAAGCCAAAGUCUCCUCACUCCAAGCGAAAAUGACCGUGGUCACUGAAGAACGGGAGACCGCUCUGGAAUUGCUCGGUGAGACUGAACUAGAAGUUUCUCGGGCAAAACGGCAGGCUGCAGAGUUGAGAAGAAAACUAUUGGAGGCCGAGUCAGAGUUGGCGAGUACAAAGGUUCGGGCAGAAGAUCUCAUUGGCCAGCUUAGAGCUCUCAUCAACGCUGUUGACAAUGGAUUGGAGGAGGAGGAGAGGAGCGAUUUCCCUGCUUUAACCCAGUCGUCGGAUCUCUAG